AUGACGUUCUCACUGGAGAGCGCUGAUUUGCACAUUGAGAAGCCAGUUAUUCCAGCUUAUCAUAAGCAAGCUGACUUCGCAGCUUUUUUGGUAAACGAGUAUUUCACAAAGCCUAGCAAGCAGAUAGAGAAGGCGAGGUACGAUGACACAAACGGGCUAUUGCCACUGAUGUCGUUUGACUGCCUGCUACCAAGCGGCGAUAUCGAACGGAUAGUUGGACACAUUUGCGAGGAGACCCAUUUGAUCGAUGAAAGACACGUUCAGCACAGAAAACCAUUUCACAUCCUGGAAAAGCCCUUACUAAUUCCUGCGAUAUUGGCAGCCUUGUUGCAUCGUAUUCUCUUUGAAGAGGUUGGUGUUACAAUCUCAUCACGAACAUUUGAUUUGUGGGCAAGCACGGCUCUUGGAUUUCCGGCGAGAACUAGCCGUCUUUGGUUAGACGCAUCCGCGCAAGUUGAAGAGGCGUUGGAAUCGAGCAGCGUAAAGCAGCUUUUGAGCAAACGUAGUGCUUGUGAUACAGGUAUUCACGCCAUAAAAAAGCAAGCUAGCCCCAAAGGGGUACUCUUUUCCUUAUGGCGUAAUGCUUGCUCAAUGUUGUGUGCAUCCCUUGUAAGGCCUCUUUUUUCGACAGAAACAUGUCAAGAGCAUUUCAGCCAGGCUAUCAACCGCUCGAUUGGCUUUCGCAGGGAACUAGCGUCAAAAAUGAGUAGUGCAUUGCAUGGGAAGGGUGCGGCCUGUUUUAGCCUUUACGCGGCCGGUGAACCAGAGCUGUGCAGCUGUGUUGUCUUUCAUUCCUUUUUCCGUCAGUUGGAAGCGCUCUUUCAUGGGGUAAUCGACUCGAAGCUAAAAAUGAACAUAUCUGCGCAUAUCUCAUGUGCUGUGUUUGUUGGGUGCCUAAAUACUUUUAGCUACUAUCGCUACUCAGCAAGCAAGGCGGAAUCUAUGUACAAGCUUCUCGACAUUGUAGCUGAAGUGACAGAUGGGAAAAGCGUGGCCUAUCGAUUUGACCUAAAGAGUAUCGAAGUACCCCAGAUGUCAAGGUAUGUGCAGCGGGCAACUGUGCUUAGCAGUGACGAGGUUUUCAGUGGGAUCUUGUAUCGUCGUGCGCGAAAAGAAACAAGUGCUUUCUCUGCAUGCACUCUGCCGCGUUUUACUGAGAUGAACUACAACGCGAUCAGUAUCACCGACAUUUAUCCGUUUUGCAUGGAGACUGGGACGGGCGCUGAAUCGGACGAAAUGGGUGAAUGUAGUGACCACACUGAUCUGGAGGUGCAUCCUGAGCCUGAAGACGAGGGGAACUUUGUGGAGAUGACAACCAUUUUUCUCGAUGCGGCCGGAGAUGACAGGUGCCUGCAAUACAUCCUUUCAGCGGAAGAAGUAGCUGUCAAAAAACAACUCCAAGAAAGGCUUUACGGAGGAAGCCAAGAUCGAAAAAAGCUAAAAUGA